UGGGGCAGAUCAUGUGGCCCAGAGGCGAGGAAUUUCUGCCAGGCACUGCAACUGGCGCGCGCAGCACGUUGGGCACCGGCCUGACGGGCUUUGUCUCGUACAUGACGAGAUCUAACGCCGAAAGCGCCCUGGAUGGUGCAGACGGCCUUCGUUGGAAUGGAGUUCGCCUCAGGACAAGCUGGGGUAGGAGCAUGCCCCUGCCCGCUCGACCAGCUUUUGGUAAGGGACGAUGGACAUUGAGUACGGUCGAUGAUGAGGCCAUUGACUCUUUCUCUCCCCUUUGCAUCUCACAAGUCUCGUCCAACAGCGCACAAAAAGACGAAGCACCAAGCAGAAGGGUCAAGACAGGCUCUCGCAGCCCUGACUCAAGAAAUCAUCGACGCCGACGAGGGGGCACUAGCCGCUCGCCCAAGACGUGGCUCCGGACAGCCGUUGAAGAGUCGUCGAACGAUGGCCCUGAGACGGAGCGCAGGGUUCGAUUCUUGGCUCAGCGCAUCAAGGAGUAUGGCCGAGCGAUUGAGGAGCAGGCCAAGUGGCAUCAGAGCGGCAAUCCACAAUAUGCCUUUCUCUUCGACGACCAGGUGCGUGUCACAUGGAAGGCCUCUUCGUCUCAGCCCAUCUCAUCUUUCAGUAAUUUACCUUCCUUCGAUUUGGCAGUCGGCAGCGCAUCAAUACAUGAGGAUCCUCAUCGAUGAGCGCCACGAGCCCACUAUUGGAGAAUCAGCUUUUGCUGAUGAGGUGAGCGCGAGUCACCGCGAAAGGGUCAGGUUUCGACGAGGACUAAUGUCAGGCUGGGAUAUAUAAACAUAAAAACGAAAAACGAAAGGGGACGGCGUCGCUCUAUUCUUCCGACAGUGAAGAGGACAGCGAGUGGGAGAAGCUGCAAGAGAGAGGAAAGCAGCAUGUGUUGGGCAAGGCGGCCAGAAGGCGCUUCGAAGCCAUGCUGAGGUCCAUGACCCUCCGUCGCGAGCGCAUUGCCCGAGCAAUGGCCUUUGCAAUUGAGCACGCAUCAGCAGCUGUUACCGUGAGCUCGACGUGGUUUGGUUAGGAGGCUACGUGCCACCCAUCAUCACGGGCUGACAAGAUAACGUACUUGCCUCCAGA